AUGAGUGCCACAGAUACAGUCACCUACAACGGCGAGCAGGAAGACCUCGAGCUCGCCACCAUCCCCACUGUCGUUGCACGCGAAGCCGGCGAGAGGGAUCCUUACUCCCUUCGCAAUAAAAUCGUGGAGGACGAUGUCAUUGACAAUCUCCGGAAACGGAAAGCUGGUGGCAAAAAGGUUGCCAAAUUCUACGAAGGCCAGAACGAGCGUAUCAACGGCAUGCUCAAGCCCCUCUCUGCUCACACUGCCGAUGCCGAGCAGAGUGCCGCCGAUAACGCACUGAAAGUCAAGAUCGCCAUCAACGUGUCGUUUGCGAUGAACAUCUGUCUCGCCAUCAUCCAGCUGUAUGCGGCUAUCAGUAGUUUGAGUUUGGCCAUGUUUGCCAGUUGUAUCGAUGCAGUUGACCCGUUCGCCAAUUUGAUUCUCUGGGUUGCUCAUCGAAGAGCGGACAAGACGGACGAGAACAAAUGGCCAGUGAGAGGAUCACGAUUUGAGACCAGUGACGGCAACAUUGUCUACGGGUCCAUUAUGGGCGGUGUUAAUGUCAUCCUCAUCGUUGAGGCUAUCCAAGAAUUCGUCACUCACAAAGGUUCCGACCUCAAGACCUUCCACCUUGCAUCCAUUAUCGCUGUCGCCGUCGCCUUUGGUGUCAAGUUUGCACUGUUCCUCUACUGCAUGGCGAUCAGGAAGAGCUCUUCUCAAGUGCAGGUUCUCUGGGAGGAUCACCGUAAUGAUCUUUUGACGAAUGGUUUCGGUAUAUUGACUGCGUCUGGAGGUGCCAAGCUGGCAUGGUGGAUCGACCCCAUGGGUGCUACUAUCAUCGCUAUCUGCAUCAUCGCCGUCUGGACCCGCACAGUCUACGAACAAUUUACCUACCUCGCAGGCAUCACCGCCCCCACGGACUUCAUCAACCUCGUCACCUACAAAUCCAUGACCUUCUCCCCCUCCAUCCUUUCUGUCGAUACCGUCCGCGCCUACCACUCCGGUCCAAACUACUUUGUUGAAGUUGACAUUGUGCUUGACCCGCAUAUGCCGCUCUGGCAGGCGCACGAUAUAGCGCAAGAUUUGCAGGAUCAGAUUGAGAAGCUUGGUGAUGUGGAUAGGUGCUUUGUGCAUGUUGAUCAUGAGAUCUCGCACGCACCUGUGAGUACUCUGCCAUAG